CUGGACCACUCCGAGAUAAGAUCACGGCAGUCUCCGAUUUCAUUUAGCCCAAGCUUUUCCAUCCAAAUCUACGACGACAUAUACUACGAUGGUCUCCACGACGUUGAUCUCAUCUGUCCCACAAUAUGUCUCCCCCGAGGAGCACAGAAAUAUCGUAGGUUCGACUCCUGCAUCAUUCAACGACAUCCCUCCCGUUCUGCGCCACAAAGAAGACAAUGUACGCGUCGUGCUUGAUCCUCCCCUCCGUACAUUCACCGAACAAGAUUCCGCGAAUGGAACAUUAUUCGUGAUCGAGAGCGCACUUGUUUUCAUGUCAUCUACCGGUGUCGGAUUUCAGGUCCCGUACCCUGCCAUCACCCUGCACGCAAUUUCCCGUCCAGAAUCUGGACCAUCAAUAUAUUGUCAACUAGACGAGCUCGCUGGAGAGCCUGGAGCAGCUGAAUCGCCUGAAAACGACGAAGCCGCCGACAUGCGAGAGCUCAGCAUCAUCCCCUCAAACCCUACUUCUCUGGAGCCAAUAUUUGAGGCAAUGUCUCUCUGUGCUUCCCUCCACCCAGAUCCAAACGUUUCAGAUGAUGAUGACUUGGACGAAGCAUUUAUGGAUGAGGGCGCCUUUGAGACGUUUACGGGUGAAGAGGGCGAGGAGCUCAGUGAGGUUGGCCGGGUGCGCAGUGAUUUCACCAACAACAGUCGUUAUGCACCGUACUAGACACCUCACGCAGGCGGCUCUCGAGUAUCUGGAGUCGAUCAUCGAUGAUCCAUAUCAUUCAGACAAGAAUGGCGUCAACGGCGCUGGCGAGGAUGUCGAAAGCGGAGGCGAAGGCGAAGGGGGACGAUGAUCAGGUUUCAGAUCUGGACGUUGAUUUUGGAUCUUAAAUGGCACGAGCAAAAGUUGAGCAAAAGUAUAUAUUUCACCAACGAAGGAUCAGCGCAUAAUCGAGACAUUCAGUACAUGACCAUUUGAAUCAACAAAUCAUAGCAGUCUUUAUCUA